UUAACAUGGGAAGGUUGCAUAAGGUUGCGUUCCUCUUGGUGGCAGUAUAGGCUUUUGUUUAAAGCCUGCACUUUCCCACAGCAUUCUUCAAGAAACCCUUUCACCGGAAAGAGGAAGACCGGCCUCACUGAACCUCCUCGGUCCGCUGGGUCCGGGUCGCUCACGCUGGACGAACGGCACUUUUGACCUCAAGGGGGAGGGACCAGCCAUGUGCCGUGACCGUGACCUCGAAGGAGAAAGUGCCGGACAGCCGGGAAAGUGCAGCGGAUUGCAGGAUGAGGUGUCAACAGGGGCACCGUCCAGUGUUCGCUCCAAGCCGGCUUCCACUGAAAAGAAUACGGAGGGCCACAGCCAGUGGAGGGCGCGACGGCUUCUUCUCGUCUCGCUUUGGUAUGUGGUAUCCUUUCUGGGCAUCCUUCUCAACAAGGAGCUCUUGUCACCAGGCGCCAGCGGUGAGAGAAUCACAGUGACUGUCUUGGCCCUGGUGCAGAUGCUGUCCACGGUCUUCACGGGCGUGUUUUUCCAGACGGUUGGAAGGUCGGCCAUCCGCCGUGUGGGCUCCGCCAGCGAGGUCAACGACCUCCUUUUGCUGGGCCUUUUACGGGUACUGGUCACGGUGUUGGGCCUGGUGAGCUUGAGUUUUGUGGCGGCUUCCUUUACGGAGACCAUCAAGGCGUCAAGCCCUUUUUUCACAGUCGCAGCUGCUUGGUUGCUCACGGGCGAGCGGACGCCGCUGCCAGCAGUCGUCACCUUGGUACCCAUUCUGCUAGGAUUGGUCUUGGCCACCACAGGGGAGCUUUCCUUCACGUUAGUCGGCUUCGCAGCCGCCCUGGCCGUGAACGUCACAGAAUGCGUUCAGAACGUGUUCUGCUCAUGGCUUCUUCAGAAGGGCUCCUUCAAAUCCAACGAGUUGCAAUUCUACAGCGCCCUAGCAGCGCUAGUGGUGCUGCUUCCAGCUGCUGCUUGGCAGGCUUGGGCAGGUGAGGCAGUUCUCCCAUGCCAGGCCGCCUUUGUUUGGUGGAGGCUCCCGUGUGCAGGGCUGGUCUUUGUUCUGCAGUCAGCAUUGGUAUUCAAGCUGAUGUCCCUCUACUCCCCGGUCACCGUGUCGGUGCUGAACACGGUGAAGCGAGCCUUGAUCAUUUGCUGCUCAGCGUUGUACUUCCGGAACGUCAUCACCUUGACCACACUGUGCGGCACUGUGGUGACAUUGUUGGGGAGUGGCUUGUAUGGCAUCCUGAAGUCUACGCAUGUCUCGUCUGAAGUCUACGCCGCUUCGAACUCCAUGGCCCCUGAGGCGAUCGCGCCAAAGACGACCCCGACCCCACCGGUGAAGCCCAGCCCCCCUGUGGCGCCAGCUGCCAUGCCGCAGGAACGCCGCAGGUGCUGGCUUCGGAGACGGUCGGGACGGCGAGGCCGGCACAGUUGCGGCUCGCUUUUCGUGUCGGCGCUCUUGGCCUUUCAGUUUCUCACCGCGCUCCAGAAGGAACGUCCUGUCCUCCAACACAAUCCGAGGACUGUGCUGCGAGCCGCGCAUGGGUUUUGCCGGCCAAGUCGCUUGGGUCAAACACCGAUGGGUUGUUUCGGUCCUUUCAGGUCGAGUCCGACCUGAAACAGCGACGUUUCGGUCCAGCGUUGUGGGGCUUAGUUUUGCUGGGUCUUCUGGGGUUUUCUUCGAAUGCGUUGGUUUUUUGGUCUUGAGUCUUGCUUGGUUCUGCACAUGGAAGAAGGAAAGCAGACACCUGCAACUAGCUGCUAGCUCUGGAUGUUUCGUCAUUCGCUGGUUUUCGGUCCGCAGGUUCGGUGAAGCUUCAGUCGACGGCCAUCCACCAGGGCGGCUGAUCGACGGCCAGCCUUGAGUUCCCAAUAGUCACUAGUCGGCCGCCUCUCCCUCAGUGCUGUAGCCUUCCUUCAUUGACGGCGUGCGCCUUGGGGAAACUGGGAUGAGGCCUGGUGUUUGACCAUGAAACCCUGCCCCUGUCGUGGCCGCUCAGGAGGUGGUGUAGGUAUGGUCGGCAUUUGUGUGUUCUGACUUGGUUUCUCAUGCCGGUGGCCGCCUACAUGGGGAGUAGAGCGCAGCGUCAAUUCCUCGAUGACCAUUUUCCCGGUCGAGGGACCAAAGCAUUGUCAGAUAUUAUCAGCCUGACUGACCGGAGGGUACUGAUUCUGUAAUGGAGGGAGGUGCUGAUUGUCCUUGGCAUUAACUAGGCAUGGUACUAUACUUGCCUCGAACUGAUUCACUGAUCAGGAAGGGUACUCCUCCACCGCAUUUUCUCAGGCACAGAGUGGUGCCCCACCUAUCGAGAGGCAUGCUUCCGCGUGCCCGCGGCAUAGGCUCACAUGGCUUCACGUUCAGACCAUGUGAAGGCUACAAGCUCGUGGAGGGACAGAUUCGGAGAAGCGAGCAAGAGACGCAUAGCAUACGGAGAGCUGUGCGUUUGAAGGUGUGAAGUGGAACAGUGGAACCUGAAC